AGUUCUUGUGUAAAACCAGCCCAUCUCGCGCGCGCACGAGCAAGCACGGUCCCUCUCGAAAUAUAUUGCCUUGCAUUGUAUUCUGUCUCCACUCGACCUUCCCCAUCUUCCGCAAUGGGAAGAAACCGACUCCAUCGAUCUUCCUAAUCCGAUCCUCGACUAUACCAGCAUCGAUCGCAUCCUCGCUCCACACCGUGUAACACCACGACAUCCACAAAGCAUCCCCUCGAUCAUGCAAACAAAACAGAAAAAGGAAUGGACUAUGAGAUGAACUCCGACACCAAAGGCUUAACAACAGGCAUAAUCCGCGAAGCCGAAGUCGACCAACUCAACCUCCGACUCGACGUCCUCUUAAACCCCGACGAUGAAGCCGCGAAAAUUCUGAUCAAUUACAGCGCUGCGAAUCCGCAUCUGACAGGCUGGACGGAAGAUGAAGAGAAUAAAUUGAAACGAAAAGUGGAUUUUCGUUUGAUGCCGAUUUUGUGUCUGAUUUAUGGGAUGCAUUAUUAUGAUAAAGCGAUGAUUUCGCAGGCGGCUUUGUUUGGGUUGCAGGAGGAUUUGGGGCUGAAUCGGGGGACGAGGUUUUCGAUGGCUUCGGCGAUUUUUUAUUUGGGGUUUAUGGCUGGUGCGUAUCCUGCGAUGUUUCUGGCUCAGAAGUAUCCCCUCGAACGGGUUGCGGCUGCCAUUGUCGUGUUGUGGGGAGCUUGCGUUCUGACUGCGCCGGCUUGCGUGUCCUAUAAGGGGCUGUAUACGCAGCGAUUCUUCCUGGGGUUUCUCGAAGCUGGAGUGUCGCCGAUGUGGAUGAUGAUUUGCGGUUCGUGGUACAAGAAGAACGAGCAGGCGUUGCGCAUCGGGAUCUGGUACUCGACAACGGGAUACGUCUCGAUCUUCUCGCCUUUAAUCAACUACGGCCUGGGUCAUAUCGAAGGUUCACUAUCCAAUUGGACGUACAUGUACUUCUUUGCUGGAGCUUGUACGAUUGUUCUCGGAAUUGCAACCUUAUUCGUGUUGCAACCAGAUCCCAUCCGUGCGACUUUCUUCUGCGACCGCGAGCGAUACAUUUUGAUUGCUCGUAUGCGAACAAACAAUUCCGGCAUUCGAAACCAGACCUGGAAAAAGGACCAAGUAAUCGAACUGCUCUGCGAUCUCAAAUUCUGGCUUGUCUUCUUCAUGGCGGCAUUCGGCAUGGUUAACAAUGGAGCCGUGUCGACAUUCAUGCCCGUGGUUGUUUCUGGAUGGGGAUAUUCUUCGCUGACUUCGCUACUGCUCACUAUGCCGGCGGCAGCGUAUGCGGGCACAUUGAUCUUGCUUUCGACCUAUUGCGCCAUGAAGUUCGACCAUAUCCGGACCUGGCUGAUCGUUGCGGCACAAUUCAUGACGACACUUUCCGCCAUCCUUUUGUGGCAGUUGCCGCGAGAUGCACAAGGUGGUCUGCUCUUUGCUUUGUAUAUUUUGCCCAGCACUGGUGCCACCUACGCUAUACUGAUGGGUCUCCAAAUCGCCAACACCGCGGGCUAUACCAAACGUGCCCUGGCGUCAUCAGGUAUCUACAUUGGAUACUGUCUCGGGAACUUUGUUGGACCGCUCGUGUUCCUGGAUCACGAGAAACCAAAGUAUUCCACUGGUUUCAUCAUCACCUUCGUCACAGCAGCAGCGACUGGCGUGAUGGGAGUGAUAUAUCGUCUCAUAUGCCAGCAUGAUAAUCGCAAACGAGACAGAGAAGGAGUGCAUGAAGGCUUUGAUCAUGCCUUUGAGGACCCAACAGAUAAAGUCAACAAACAAUUCCGAUAUAUCAUUUGAUCUUUUGUAGCAUCACGAUUUACGACCACAAUACCACCAAAUUUUGCUGUCACGGGACAGCUUUCUUCUGUCCAAAGGCUUGUCGUUCCAAGUCGCACGUGCUGCGGACGUCCUUGAUGAUGUUCGGCUGGGACAUCCCUGUCGUCGACACGCUGUGCAUUUUGU